UAACAACCUCUGUGGCAUUCACUACGCUGUGUGGCUACGUUUUGACCGGUCCUUGGUCUUGUUUUUCUUCGUCUUUUUUCGAUUAUUUGCCAACAUGUAUUCUGGGGGUCCCCAGGUCUGCCAUCAUUGUAAGCAGCCCGGUCACUUCGUUAGGGACUGUCAGCUUCGACAGGUCCCGAACGUUGUCGCUCUCUUAGGAGGCAAUGGUGGAGCUCCGGCUCAAGAUAACGAUGGAUUGCUUUCCACUCCGAAUGCAAUUGUGCCGUAUAGACCACCUGCAGCCAACGGCGGUCAAAACAAAGGUAGUCGGCACAACUCCAAUCAUGGCACCAAUCAAGGAAAUAAAGGAUACAACAACCAAGGGUAUGAUAAUGGGUACAACCAAGGAUACAGCAACAACUACGGGAGGACGGGGUACCAGCAACGUCCAAGGAACAAUUGGUGGACGGACAACCGUGAAAGGGAGAAAAAUGAAAGGUUCGACAAAGUUUGGGGAUGGUUCUCGGAGGAGAUGGAGAACAAAGAUAAGGAAAGGCGUGCCAAGGAAGAAAAACUGGAAGAGGAGGAGGAGAAAAGGAAAGUGCAAGCAGCGGAAGAAGAGCGAGCCAAGGCUAAGAAGGAGAGAAAAGAAUUCGAACGGUCGCUCGAAAGGAUGGUGAAGGAUAAUAUGAAGGAGGUCUGUCAAGAAGUUUUGGGGAAGAAAGCGAGUACGAGCCGCGUAUCCACCGCUGGUUGCGUAAUGGAGGCAAGACGUGAUGAAACUCGUAGCGACGAAGGCAAACGCAAGGAACAGGAUGAUCGGUGGAGGCGGGAAGACUCCGCGGCCAGAGAACAAUUGGAGAAACAACGCAUGGAGGAGAUGGAACGGCUCAGGAAAGAUAAUGAUGAUUUGAUAAGGAUGGCGUCUCAGCUCUGGCAAAGCCAGUAGGGAGUUGGAUUUUCUGAAGACGAACAAUCAGGCUCUCGUCCGAGACAUUCUUUCUUUGAAAGACGAAGUGGAGGUCCUGAAGUGUGGCAGUAAGUGUAGCGCAGAAGUUGCCACAGAGAAGAGUCCGCCUAUUGAACCGGCUAAAGGAAAAUCUAGACAAGAAGAUGGCGCUCAGACACCUGCCGAGUGGGCCAAGCUCACGGAGGCCUACAGACGAAUUCGAGAUAAGAAGGAUAUGGUGGAACGAGAAGUGUCUGCGCUCAAGGACUGAAUCAACUGAAUAAAGAUUA